AUGCUCCUCGCUGUCUUUGCGUCGCUCCUGGUCUUCCUACCUCUUGCAGCGCGCUCGCUCCCCUCGUUCACGCAUGCUCUACCCAACGCAUCCGUCAAGAACUCGCAAGGCCUUUCCCCGAGAGAUGUAGACUUUAGCACCAUGCGCUCUCGUCGUGUCGCCCUCGCCAUCGGUGCGAUCAACACCACACUAGUCCCAGAGAUCGACUAUUGGCUCGACACGCUCAACGCCGAAGGCAAGUGGCCGGACUCCGAGGUUAACUACGCUACCGGCUGCGACGGACGCCGCGCGAACUGGCCGGCGGAGGAGCAUUGGGUUCGCAUCGAAACACUCGCGGCCGCAUGGCGCGGCGGUGUGCCGGGUGCAGAUGCAUAUGUGAACAGCAGUACGGUGCUUUCUACCGCGUCGCGUGCCAUGGACUUCUGGUUCGCGAACGACAUGCCCAACCUCGACUGCCUCUACAGCGGCGGCAGCGGCCAAUGCCCAUGCGGGACCCCGGCUUCUGGAACACUAACUGGUUUCCAAACGUACGCUGCCCUCGCUAUCUCCGCGUUUGUGGCGGUCUCGUGGGCAGAAACUGACUGCGCGGUCCGGCAGGUGAUCGCGGUACCUGUGCUCAUCGGGGACACGUGCCUCAUAUUGGGCAACACCACGCUCUCAGACACACAAUACGGGAAUUGCACAAACAUCCUCGAGCGCUCAUUCGGCACGUUUGCCUCCGGCCAGGGCUUCCUCGCGGGCGCGAACAUCCUAGACAUCGCCAAGUGCGGGAUCACCGCAGCGCUGCUCGCGGAGAACUCGACAGGACUCGCGGACGCGUAUGGACACGUCCACCGCGAGGUCGUUGUCCACGACGCGACCUUCGGGCAGCACACCGGCAUCAUCUACAACGGCAACUACGGCAAGGACUACUCCAACGACGUCAUCGCGCUCGAGAUCACCGCCGGGGGCACCGAGUUCGCGGCCGGUGACGACAGCAAGAGCGCGUUCGAGACGCUUAUGGAUGGGAACCUGUGGAUGAUCUACAAGAACAUCAAGACUAGCAUUCUCCAUUGGGACUUUAGCGUCACUGGCCGCAUGAUCACCUUCGCCGUCUCUGACGAGCAGGCAACAUCGAGCAUCCUGAUCAAUACCACCCUUCUCGCAGAGCUCGGUCAGCUCUGGGGAUCGGACAUCAUCAGCUCUGCUGCCUCCCAACUCACUUCAGAUACCGACAACGCAAACGUCGGCUCUAUGAACGGCAACCGUAUGUUCUACGACAACGACUACAUGGUGCAUCGGGGAGACGGGUACGUCACCACGCUGCGGAUGUAUUCCUCUCGCACGGCCAACACGGAAUGCGUGAAUGUUCAGAAUACGGUCGGUUUCCACCUGGCGGAUGGUACCGUGUAUACGUACCUGGAGGGAGACGAGUACGAGGAUAUUGCUGGGAUGUGGGAUUGGAACUUGAUUCCUGGCAUCACAACGGACUACGGCAACACUCCUCUUAGCUGCGGUCAAACUGAGGCGAUCGGUACAGAGGCCUUCGUCGGAGGUGCCUCGGACGGCACAAUCGGGGCGGCGCGAUGCGCUACACGAACGCGCUUACAGGCGCCUGUCGUUCCAGAAGGCGUGGUUCUUCCUCGACGACGACGUGCAGCACGUCAUGCUCUCCAGCCUCUCCUCCCGUCCUCCGCGCCCGUCUUUUCCGUCCUCGACCAGAAGCGCCACUCCGGCCCCGUCCUCCUCGACGGCGCCCCGCUCGCCCACGGCGGCAACUUCACGCACGCGCGCACGCUCUGGCACGAUGGCGUCGGGUACGCCUUCCCCCCACCGGCGCGCCGGUCUCGGUCGACUGGGGCACGCGCACGGGCAACUGGGGCGCGGUCGGAAUCUCCGCCGCGGGGUGCAGUCCGCGACCUGUUCUCGGCGUGGGUCGCGUCGCGCGCCCGCGGACACGGAGUACUCCGUCUUCCCCGCGACGAACGCGGCGCGUUCCGCGCGAAGGCUGCGAAGGCCGCGGUGACGCUCGGACGCGCGGUGUACGACGGGUCGCACCACGUCGCGGCGGCGGUGUUCUGGGACGGCGCGGGCGGGAACGUGACGUUCACGCCUGGGCUCGGGCGUGCGCCUGUCGCGGUGUCGGUACAGGGGGGCGCGAUCGUCGUGUACCGGCUGGACAAGGGCAAGGUCACUGUGGCGGACCCCACGCAGACGCUGUCGAACGUGGAGGUGACGCUCGAGGUGGUCGGGCCGGGCAAAAAGCCGACCGGUUCGGCGCAGAACGAGAGUGGUGUGAGCGUCGCGCUGCCGUCGGGAGGGGCGGGGGGGAAGAGCGUCACGACGUCUCUGCGAGACGUUGCUUGA